GGAGUAUGGGAUGGCGGUGAGCUGCUGCGUUUGCAACUUUCGGAUGCGAGGUCAGAUUGACUGUGGAUGUAACGGAGCAGAGGAAGCUGCAGGGCGCCCGAAGAGUGGAUCUUCUCCAGUGUAAUCUCCUGCAGGAAUAAGCGCUCCUGUCCAGCCAUUACCCGCCCGGCCGUGGAGUACGUUAUCAAAAAACUGGAGUAUCGCCUUCACCGCCGGUCUGUGGGUUGGGGAAUGCGACGUAGAGCUGGGCUUAUGAAGGGCGGUCGGCAUCGUGAAUUCUCGAGAGCGUGCUGGACAGCUGGGAUCGCUUGGGAUAGGACACUAGGAGUCUGCCAUCUUUUCCCGCACCGAACCGGUUGGCAUUUGUGUAGGACUCCGCGGCUUCAGGGAGCGAUUCCAACAUGGCCGUCCUCCCUCCCUCCCACUUCCCCAAAUUGUCUCGAGAUUGAUCGCCACGGGUAUUCGGCGCAGGGUCUGCCCAGGCUCCACGUCCUCUCCACAUUUCCCCGCAUGGGACUGCAUAGGAGACCUCAACGAGGCUCUGGAGUGUACUCAGCGGCGGCUAGCUGCGCUGUCGGCGGUACGCAGCUCGAUACUGGCGGCACGGCAAAUCGGAUGGCAUCCGCGGCCGCGGCCAUCUGUCCAAAUCAGACGGUGCUCACUUGGAAGAGAGGGAGGAGAUGCACGUAGGUCUGAUGGCGGUUGCCCAGGCGAGGUGGGCGGACAAGGCGGCUGGGGAAGGAGCGAAGAGUGCGCCGGAGGGCAGGCGCAGGCAA